AUGCCUGAAGAGAAUGAGGAAAUUCCACCGGCUUCGAUCAGACCAUACGAACACGAAAAAGAUUUUAAAUUUAUCAGAUAUUUAAUUGGAGCGUCAAUUUUAUCAAGAACAGGUCCAGCCAAUAUUCAUCUGUUUUGGUCAAAUCCAUUAAUAUACAUAUGGGUAAUCAUUUCAACUACAUAUAUACCAAUCAAACGAAUGUUAUUAUCUGAUGAAGAAUUUGGAAAGGAUGAAUUUAAAGAAAUGGUAAUCGAAAUUUUAAUGAAAUUACCAGUUUUUGUUGGACCUCCAUUAAUUUUAUUAGUUUUACUUAAUUGGUGUCAUAGAAGAUAUUUUAAUUCGAUUAUGAAAGAAGUGAUUUCUAGAGAAGAUAUGAAGAAUCCUAAAUCUUAUUAUAAUGGUCAAACUUUUCAAGGAAAAGGGAUUGGAGAAUCUUCAAUUUGGGUACUUGAUUAUGAUGAUAGACAAAUUGGUGUAGUUGCUAUUGAAAAAUCUUUAGAUUUAGUUAAUGAGAUAAAACUUAAAGAUGGAUCUAAUUUGAAAAAUCAAGAGGAAAACAAAGAAGACUUGAAAGCUAAAUUUGAUGAUUUUCAUCUAAUACGAAUUCGACAUUUAGCUACAUCUGUACCAUUUAGACCAGCAGGAAUCGAUUUAGAAUUAUUAAAUUUUUCGGUUACAAAAUCUUUUAAAGAAGAUUUAAAAACAGAAAGAAUCAUGAUUAAUUUAAUUCCUAUAUUAGAUCAAGUUCAAAUUGAAGCAAUUGAAGCAAUUGGAUUUAUUAAAUCAAUUUCAACUCAAUUUAAUUCUAAACCUUUUUGGAAUCGAAUUUGGUUAUUUUUUAGAUCUAAUAUUGGUUGGCCUGAUUGUAAAGAAGUUUGGAAUGAAGAAGUUUGGGUACUUGAAAGGUCUAGAUUUGAUAGUAAAGUUGAUUGA